CUCUUUUUACCUCCGCCGCAAAAAGAUUGGCUCCGAACCUGGAGUUCUUCCGCCACGCUCAACACGAGGGGUCACUGCAAGAGUGGCGUACCGGGGGUGUGGCUUGGGCAGCGGCAACCGCUGAUUGGCAGUGAAGGGGUUCACGCCCCAUCUCCUGCUCGAGCAGAACGGGAACAGCCAAUCAGAGCGAGGACUGAUGGAAACGACCCAAUCCUGGAGACGGGCUGAGAGUGGGGGCGGGGACAAGUGGUUCAGGUGGAUUCAGGGCUGGGACUGGGCUGGGGAAGCUUCUUGCUCUUGCUGCUGCUGCUGUUCUUGGGAGUCCAAUCGCUAGCAAAAAGCCCUCUCAGAUUUGAGGGGAGCCAUGAGCCGGUUCCUGAAUGUGUUACGAAGCUGGCUGGUUAUGGUGUCCAUCAUCGCCAUGGGGAACACGCUACAGAGCUUCCGAGACCACACCUUUCUCUAUGAAAAGCUCUACACUGGCAAGCCAGACCUCGUGAAUGGCCUCCAAGCUCGGACCUUUGGAAUCUGGACGCUACUCUCAUCAGUGAUUCGCUGCCUCUGCGCCAUCGACAUUCACAACAAGAUGCUCUACCACAUCACGCUCUGGACCUUCCUCCUCGCCCUGGGGCACUUCCUCUCCGAGUUGUUUGUAUAUGGGACCGCAGCUCCCACCAUUGGCGUCCUGGCACCCCUCAUGGUGGCAAGUUUCUCAAUCCUGGGAAUGCUAGUGGGGCUCCGGUACCUAGAAGCAGAACCAGGAUCCAGACAGAAGAAGAGAAACUGAGGCCAACAUCACCACGUCCGAGACUUCAUCUUCCACCUUUGCCAGCCUCUUCCUUCACCCUCUUUGCUCUUAAAUUUCUUUUCUGCUCCAUCUUCCACUUCUAGGCCUUUCCUUUUUUUUUCUUUAAUUUAAAACGUUUUAAGAUAUUUAAAUAUGCCUACGGCAAGUCGGUGCCAUUUAAAUGUAUGUACCAUUUAAAGAAUCAUUUGAAAGUGAAUACUCUGUCCCUCCAUCCAAAUCAAGGAAUCGCCGGCACAUCCGAAGCCAGCUGUGUGCCCUUCCCCCACCCGCAGCCUCUUCCAGGACCCCUCUUCCGGCCUUCUGCUGUCUUCCUUUUAUUUUCACCCGACGAUUUGACUUGUAUGGUGGGAACACGUGAACUGCGAAACUUAAAGCUGCUGGCGCACCCACAGCAGCUGCCACCAAGGGCUGCUUCGAGGGGGUGUCCACCCACGUGGGGCUCCUCUCUGCUGCUGGACCCAGGACUCUGAGCCAUCCAAGGGACAGGCAGCUCUUCUGAGAAGAAGGGCUCCCCUGCAAGUGAGCAUGGCUCCUUACCCUUGUGCCUACGGGUGGAUCAGGGUUGGAAGAGUCUGGGCUGUUUUUAGACCUUCCGGUCAGCUGUAUUUGUGUAAUGAGAUUUGUAAUAAAUAGAAAAACCUUC